AUGUGUGUUGAGACCCAUAUGAUAGGGGCCAAUCACUUCGCCCAGAAGACCAAAGACAAGCAUCAGCACCCUGACUACGCAAGGCUCGCAGCGCACAAAGGCGAGGUUCCCAUAGAAAAAUGGAUAGACGAACGUGGCCGGAUUCGAAUUUGGGCAGCAAAUACCGGGGCGCAUCACACGGGAGAUUUAUCGCUAGAUUACCGCCUGAAAGAUGUGCCAGUGAUCAAAGACCAGACAGUCAGGAUCUUGCUGAGACUUGAAGAGCUCUUGCAAACUCUUGAGAAGGCGCUGGAGGAAGAUUGGGGGGAAAUCACACAAGAAGAAGCCCUGAGGAUCUUAGAAGAUCAGCUCGAUGGAGAUCAAAAUAUUGCCGAUCUUAAGUUCAACGAAAGCGAGGUCUCUCACAUUUUCAAAACCAUCGUGGAAACAGUCACUCAGCUUUACCAAAUUUCUAUGGUUAUUAGUCCGCUGCCCGACCAUGAUCGACUGAUGGAAACUGAAAACUUGGAUUAUGUGCUGCGAGCAAUCCAAAGAGUCGAUGGCGAAUCCAUAUUAUCAAAACUCCCUGUGACCAGUACAAAUGAUGAUAUAGGGACGGAGCAGAUUUUACUUCGUUGCCAGGGGACCCAAUAUCCGUUGCCAGUCCCUAAAAUAUCGGUUACGAAGGGGGAGGUGACCGUCGGUGUAAUCCGAGCGAUGGCAGCCGAAAAAUUCGGCAUAACAGACACAAAUCGAAUUAGGUUGAUAUUCAAAGGGAAUCUCUUCAAAAGCGAUAGCCAGGUACUUGGGCAAACAUGCUUUGAGCAGUCACAAGAAAUCAUGUGCAUUAUCCCGCCAGCGGAAGGACCUUCUCGGGGUGAUGACCUCGGUUACGACAACAAACACAGUGAUGAGCCACUACGUGAACCGGCUCCGUUGUCCAAAACAUCAUACAGUGGAAUAAAGGGAGGACAAGCGAUGUCCCAUGUGUUCUCACCAUCGGUGUGGUAA